AUGGCUCGUGUUUACAUGGAGACGCUGAUACAAAAAUGCGUCACUUUCUCUCAAAUCAAACAGCUCCAGUCCCAUUUUCUCACCGCCGGCCAUUUCCAAUCUUCAUUUCUCCGUUCACGUCUUCUCGACCGCUGCGCAAUCGCUCCCUUCGGAGACCUUUCCUUCGCCGUACUGAUUUUCCGUCACAUCCCUAAACCACUGACCAAUGACUGGAACGCAAUCAUCCGCGGAUUCGCCGCCAGUUCUCAGCCGUCGUUCGCGUUCUCAUGGUAUCGCUCCAUGCUGUCGCAAGCUUCCUCAUCGCCGUCUCUGUGUAGAGUCGAUGCUCUCACUUGCUCUUUCACUUUAAAAGCAUGCGCGCGCGCGCUCUGCUCCUCCGCCACGUCGCAGCUCCACGGCCAAACAACUAGUCGUGGAUUAUUCGCAGACGCACUUCUCUGCACCACGUUGGUCGACGCGUACUCCAAAACCGGAGAUUUAAUCAGCGCGCAGAAACUGUUCGACGAAAUGCCUGUGAGAGAUGUCGCGUCGUGGAACGCGUUGAUCGCUGGAUUAGCGUCUGGAAAUCGAGCGCACGAGGCGUUGGAGCUCUAUAAACGAAUGGAAACUGAAGGAAUCCGAAGAAACGAAAUCACUGUUGUUGCUGCUCUUGGAGCUUGUUCUCAUUUGGGUGCUAUUAAAGAAGGUGAGAAGAUCCAUGGAUACAUAAAAGACUCAAACUUGGAUCGAAACGUGAUCGUUAGCAACGCGACAAUCGAUAUGUAUACGAAAUGCGGGUUUGUGGAUAAAGCUUUCGGCGUUUUCGAGCAAAUCACAGUCAAGAAGAGCAUUGUUACAUGGAACACGAUGAUCAUGGGAUUUGCAGUGCACGGAGAAGCACACAAAGCGUUAGCGAUCUUCGAGAAACUUGACCAGAAUAGCAUCAAGCCUGACGAUGUCUCGUACCUAGCUGCUUUAACCGCGUGUAGACACGCGGGAUUAGUAGAUUACGGUAUAAAGAUAUUCAGCAACAUGGCUUGUAACGGAGUUGAGCCUAAUAUGAAGCAUCACGGUUGUGUUGUUGAUCUGUUGGGCCGUGCAGGGAAGCUGAGAGAAGCUCAUGACAUUAUAUGCUCCAUGUCGACGGUUCCGGAUCCUGUUUUGUGGCAGAGUCUUCUUGGAGCUUCGGAGAUUCACAAGAACGUUGAAAUGGCUGAGAUAGCUUCUAGGAAACUGAUUGAAAUGGGUGUUGACAACGAUGGCGAUUUCGUGUUGAUGUCGAAUGUUUAUGCGGCGCAGGGUCGGUGGAAGGACGUGGGACGAGUGAGAGAUGCUAUGGAGACUAAACAAGUGAAGAAGAUUCCAGGUCUUAGCUACAUUGAAUCGGAAGGGACGAUUCAUAAAUUCUAUAACAGCGACAAGAGUCAUGAACAGUGGAGAGAGAUUUAUGAGAAGAUCGAGGAGAUCAGGUUGAAGAUAAGGGAGGAUGGUUACGUGGCGCAGACGGGACUUGUGCUGCACGACAUUGGAGAGGAAGAGAAAGAGAAUGCUUUGUGUUAUCACAGCGAGAAACUGGCGGUGGCUUAUGGACUGAUGAUGGUUGGUGGUGCGGAAGAGGAGAGUCCGGUGAGAGUGAUAAAGAAUCUGAGGAUAUGUGGGGACUGUCACGUUGUCUUCAAACAUAUCUCGAAGAUUUAUAAGAGAGAGAUCAUUGUUAGGGAUCGAGUAAGGUUUCAUAGGUUUAAAGAUGGUUCUUGUUCUUGCGGAGAUUAUUGGUAA